AUGACUACUACAAUCGAAGAACAAGUUGAGAUCGUCGACAUCACCAAAUUGAACGCCAUUGCCGCUGGGACAAACAAGAAAAUCCCAAGAGUUGUGGCCGCAGGUUUGGGUGGUAAAUUAAUGGGUACUGCCGACUUGGUCAAGGUCUCUGCCGAAGAUAUCACUAAGGAUUCCAUGGAAUCAUUAGCCGAAAAGGAUGCUAGAGAAAAGGCUAAAUAUGCCAACAAAAAACAUAUUUCAGAAGAACCUUGGACUUUGAGUAACUUCACCCAAAAAAUCAAUUGGCUUAAUAUGAUUUUGGUUGUCUUCAUUCCAGCUUAUGGUUUGUACAAUGCUUUCUACUACCCACCACCAAUCAAGACUUUGGUUUUGGCUUUUGUCAUGUAUGUUUUUGCUGGUGUUUCUAUCACCGCCGGUUACCAUCGUUUAUGGUCCCAUAAAUCUUAUGAUGCUGCUUUGCCAGCCAGAUUAUUCUUUGCCUUUUUCGGUGCCAGUGCCAUUGAAGGUUCUAUCAAAUGGUGGGGUCACUCUCACAGAAUCCACCACAGAUACACCGAUACUUCAAGAGACCCAUACGAUGCCAGAAGAGGUUUCUGGUUCUCCCACAUGGGUUGGAUGUUAACCAAGGCUCAUCCAAAGAACAGAGCUAGAGCUGAUAUUUCUGAUUUGGUUGCCGACUGGGUCGUUACUUUCCAACACAGACACUAUUUGUUAAUUAUGGUUUUUGCUGCUUUUAUCUUCCCAUCAUUGGUUGCUGGUUUAUUCUGGGGUGAUUACUGGGGUGGUUUCAUCUACGCUGGUAUCUUGAAAUCUUUCUUUACCCAACAAGCUACUUUCUGUGUCAACUCCUUGGCCCAUUGGAUCGGUGUCCAACCAUUUGAUGACAGAAGAACUCCACGUGACCAUGUCUUGACUGCUUUUGUUACUUUUGGUGAAGGUUACCACAAUUUCCAUCAUGAAUUCCCAAGUGAUUACAGAAACGCUUUGAAAUGGUACCAAUACGACCCAACCAAAGUUACCAUCUAUAUGAUGUCUAAAGUUGGUUUGGCCUGGAACUUGAAGAAAUUUUCUCAAAACGCCAUUGAACAAGGUUUGUUGCAACAACAACAAAAGAAAUUAGACAGAAUGAGAAACAAGUUGAACUGGGGUUCUAAAGUUGAUGAAUUGCCAGUAUGGACUAGAGAAGAAUUCAAUGAAAGAGCUAAACUGGAAGGUUUGAUUAUCAUUUCCGGUAUUAUUCACAAUGUCAAAGCAUUCAUCAAAGAACAUCCAGGUGGUCAAGCCGUUGUUAGAGCUUCUUUAGGUAAAGAUGCCACCAAGGCCUUCAGUGGUGCUGUCUAUGCUCAUUCCAAUGCUGCUCAUAACUUGCUUGCAACUAUGAGAGUUGCUGUGGUGAAAGAUGGUGACAUUAACACCAACACUUUUGAUGUUCAACAAGAAUUGAUGGCAAAGGAAAAACAAUCAUGA